AUGGCGGCACCGCCCGAACUCUCAUGCACCAACCUCUCGGGCAAAUUUACCCUCAACAAGUCCCUUUCCGACGACGUUGAUUCCAUGCUGGCGCUGCAAGGCUUGAGUUGGCUGACCCGCAAGGCCAUCGGAUUAGCUACCGUGGUGCUCACCAUUAGGGAAUACACCAAUGACGGUAUUCUCCACAUUGAUAUCACCUCGGCCGCCUCUGGACUGUCGACGACCCAAGAGGACCGCAUCCUCGACUGGCAAGAGAGGGAAACCAAAGACAAAAUUUUCGGAACAGUCAAUGGUCAGUCACGAAUGUGGAAAACGGGCGAGUUCCAGAUGGCUGGACCUGGGUCGGACGAAGAUGCCACAUUCCUGAGAGCUGAGAAGCUCAAAGAUGGCCAGACCUCGAAGUUCCUAGACGACGAGCAUGUCCAAAGCUUUGUGACGAACAUCGCAGGCGGGGAUUGGAGUGCUGAGCAGAAUUGGGGAUUUGAGGACAUCAAUGGCGAACGCCGGUACACACGACGAGUGGUCUGCUGGAAAGGAGAUAAGGUGCAGAGAGUCAGAUUGGUGUAUGAUUAUAAGGGCAAAGUCGAAGAAAAGAAGGAUGAUGAAGACCUGGCAUAUGGCAGUCAAUGA